CCUCAUCCCUGGUGUGGGAUGACGUCAAAUUCAAGAUGGAUGGAAUCACGACCAGCGCGCAGAAAUGUACACAACAGUGAAUAAAGUCCCGGCUGUGUGGAGGAAACACCAUCUUGACGACGGGCAGGCCAUGGAGAGCCUAGUGCAUUACAGCAAUCCCUCCCAUGCCCUCUCAGUGUUAGGGGCUCUGAAUGAGCAGCGCCUGCGGGGCCAGAUGUGUGAUGUAGUCCUGGUUGUGGCGGACCAGAGGUACCAGGCCCAUAAGAGUGUUCUGGCUGCCAGCAGUGAGUAUUUCCAGUCCUUGUUCAUGAGGAUGGACGCAGAGUCACUGAAAGUUGUAAAUCUGGACUUCUGUGAGCCUGACGCCUUCGAGAUAGUUCUGAAUUACAUCUACUCCUCCUCACUUUUUGUGGACAAAGGCAGCCUGGCAGCUAUUCAAGAACUGGGCUACAGCCUUGGAAUCCCUUUCCUCACCAACAUCGUGUCAACAAGGCCACAUGCGUCCUACUGUGUAUCUAGAAAAAGGUUUUCGUUCUCCGAAGGGGAGGGGAAUGAUGUGCAGACAAGGAGCGUCAUUGUGUGCCGGGUCCGGCAUGACACAAGCCAUCCCUCUCGCUCAAAUUAUCCGAGAAAAACAUCAGAGAGAUCAUCACCUCCCCACUCUACUCGAGAGUCAGCUGAGCCUCCAGCAGAACACAACUCAUAUGAAUCAGCUAGGAACUCUGAAUCCAUCAGCAGGGAAUCAUCUGAACAGAAUGAAGCUGCUGAAAGGAAGUCCACGUAUCCAUACACCUCCAUAUUAAAAGGGAAUUCAUCACACAUCACAUCUGUUAGGCCCCAGCUGACAUCAUCAGUGUCCUUCAGUGAUGCUGAAGUGCAGCACAUCAGGCUGCAGUCUGGCACUGACCAGGACACUACGGAGGAAAAUGAGGCGCAGGAGCCCGACUAUCACACCAAAGUGCCCUUUCAGGGUCAGGCCAGUGAGCCGAGCCAGACCAUUGACAGGAGCGGGCCGCUCAUAAAAAGCCUACUCCGAAGAUCAUUAUCCAUGGACAGCCCUGUUCCAGUCUUCUCACCAACACUGGAGCUCAAGGAGCUGCAAAAUCGUGAGCAGUCAGUUGUUAAAAUGGCAUCAAAAGCAUCCGGGCCAGAAGCUCACAACGGCAAUUCAAAAAGAAAAUCUCCCCUGGUUCUCAGGUCAAAGUGUCCCAGCAGGUAUGAUGAAGAAACUCAGGUAGAAAGACAGGUCAGUGUGAAAGCUGAGCCGAGCAGUCCACUCGCUGACCCCAUGGACAUUAUUCGUAUCACAGUUGGUGAUGCAUUGCCAGUCAGUCUGAAAGACUUGCAACGAAAUUACGACCAAGGGUCAAGGCCAGACUCCAAUUCUUUUGUGAAAAGAAAGGACAGGCCAGACAACAGAAGGUACCCAUUCAAGAAGAGCAAAAUAUUUAAAGAACAUCCCCAGACACUUGAUGAGAACAUGUUAAAAACGGCACCUCAGAGUGCCAGCAGCGAUUCUAAUGAGAACAGUGGGGAGCCGCCUCAGAACAAGAUUUUCAAAUGCUGGAACUGCCUAAAGGUUUUCAGGUCCAGCGCUGGACUACAUCGUCAUGUAAAUAUGUAUCACAACCCUGAAAAGCCGUAUGCUUGCGACAUCUGCCACAAACGCUUCCAUACCAACUUCAAAGUGUGGACUCACUGCCAAACUCAGCAUGGUGUAGUACAAAACCCGGCCUCAUCCUCCAGCUCCUCUGUGCUGGAUGAGAAAUUUCAAAAGAAGUUGAUAGAUAUUGUGCGAGAGAGGGAAAUAAAGAAAGCCUUGCUUUGGAAGUUAAAGAGGAAUAAGCAGGGUUUGCAAUCUCCUGCACUCACCAAAAAGAGAUCAAGGCCCAGCUUCAUAUGUCCUUACUGUGGGAAAGUAUUCGUGUUCCAGUCUCAGUACAGACAGCAUUUAAGGACACAUCCUGCUGAAAAAGCUGACGAGGACACAACGAACGAGAGCAUCCUCUACCAGGAACAGGAUGAGAUCAUUCAACAGAAGAACACAGACGCCAGCGUUUACUCCUGUAGACUUUGUAAUAUGAAGCUGUCUUCACUCUUUGAACAGGGCGACCAUGAGAGGGGCUGUCGACAUGCAACUGUAUGCCCCUACUGUGGCCUCCGCUUCUCAAGUCCAACGGUCAAGAAGGACCACGAGGCACAUUGUAAGUACAAGAAACUGACGUGCCUGGAAUGCAUGCGAACGUUCAAGUCCUCAUUCAGCAUAUGGCGCCACCAAGUGGAGGUCCACAACCAAAACAUGAUGACUGUUAAAGACCAGAUUCACCUGAAGCAACAAGAGGACAACGAGGAGGCGUCUGAAAUGCUCAGAGAGGAGCAUUACAGCGAUGAGCCUCUAGCAACUGGGAGCUCAAGAGAGAACAUCAGUUACAGUGACUCCUCAGGUCCACCCAUGUACGAUUCAGAAGAUUCUUCAUCAUAUGUGCCUGAGGACCUGAGCAUGGGCCACCAUGGCAAGCUGGUAGUGAAGGAAGAGCCGUUAGAGGAGGCUGUGAGUGAGAGGGAAAACACAGAGACUGCCAAAAGUGGGCCCGAGGAACCCGGUGUGUGGCCAUGCGAGAAAUGUGGAAAUCUUUUCAGCUCUCGCAAAGACCUGGAGCGACACCAGGAGCUGCUAUGCCACAUCAAACCGUUCAUCUGUCACAUCUGCAACAAAGCCUUUAGGACCAACUUCCGCCUUUGGAGUCACUUCCAGUCCCACAUGUCGACUGCUAACGAACCUGGAGCCAAAGAGAUCGACAGACACCCCUCACCUCAGUCUCCCUCCCCUCCCACGACCCCUCAAAACUCUGAACGUCCCUCCCCAAAGCCCUCCGUGCUCAAGUCCCCCCAGACGGCGCCAGUCGCUGCUGCAAUGGCUGAGGAGUCCAGCAGCCCGGAGCCCUGUAGCUCCUCAGUAAGCAAGGUAAAGAAGCCUGAGCUAGAGUGGCAACCCAGCAGCCACAGCCCUCUGUCAAGGUCCAACAGCAUGGAGAAUCCAGGUGGCCCUCAGGAAUCAGACACACUCUUUUACCAUGCACCCUCUCUCUCUGCCCUGACAUUUAAGAGGCAGUACAUGUGUAAACUCUGUCACAGGACCUUCAAGACAGCCUUUAGUCUCUGGAGCCAUGAACAGAGCCAUAGCCACAUGUAAACAAACACCAGACAUGUUAAAGUAGUGCACUUCUCUCUGAGAGACAAUACUUACUUAACACACCUCAGCCUACAAAAAGGAAAACUUUGAAUGUAUAGCUUAUUCGCUUGCCUCCAAUGUCAAAUGUUAAAGUGGCCAUGUUCAAUAGAGGUGUAAACGUGAAUGUGCAAUCAAGUGCUAGAAUCCUCUGUGAGAUGAGAUGAUUAUAAAUGGAUAAUUUUCCUAUCAAAAUGAACUAUAAGCAUUUAUCUAUUUUACACAUCUUUUAGUUGUCGACCUGUAUUUAUCUAUCUAGGUGUUUUGAGAAAACAAGGUACAGAGUUGCACCUGGCAUUACUUUUAGCUGUACCGUUUAAAGGUACAGUGAAAAGAGGUUCAACUAUAUACAUUGUUUUCUCAGUGUGGAAAAAGUGCUUUAAAUCUUCAGAGCCCGCAGUUGAAUUAAAGAGUAGUGCUUUUGCUUUUGUAUCAGAUCUAGCUCUUGGUGUGAGUGACACCCCUUAAUAUAAUAUUGGUGGCCUCAACAAUGUAUUAAAUAUGCACUUUGUUUAACAGUUUGAGUCUGUUUUAAGGGGGACAUAGUCCAAAAUUCUUGCUUGGAUCAUUUCACUAGCUGGGGUUUUAGGCUGCAGAAGAAGAAUGAUGAAAAGGCCCAAUAGUUUCUGUUUUCUUUCUUCGUACUUCUUUCAUAUUUGAGUUUCUUAUUGCCUUUGUGUCAUUUGGUUUCAUGGGCUGAUUGAAUGAGACCUUCAGUAUAAUAACAAUGCUAUACCACAUACUGUACUGUUGUUUUAGGCACAUUCAGUACUUAUAAUUAAUCUUCCUAAUUACUAGCCUGGUGAAUCAUUUUUUAUGUGUACACAAAUGAAUAAGACGUCAAUCAUCAGUCAUAAGAUUUUAGAAGUUGUUUUUUUCCACAGGUUAAACUACUCUAACAUUUCUAAUGUUGCUGUAAAAACUCAUAACAGGUGCUCAGACCAGCUUAGUAGUUAAACUGGGGAAACUGCAAGUGAAAAUAAUGGGCUGGGUAGAUAUGAUAGUAUCCUAAAUACUGGCAAACAUCAUUCAGCUAUGUAGACAUAAAGCACACUGCAGAAUGGUAAUGCAGUUUAUGUUUAUACCCAAAUAAUAAAUAAGAAAAUUCUAGUGUUAAUGAGUAUAUUAGACAUUGUCACAAUUUCUGAAUCACUAAAGUCUGCCACCCCAGUGCUGUGUUAUGAAAAUACUUAUAUAUUUCUGCAAUUAAACACAGAGCUUUACAAUGCUUCGAUGGCCUUAUGCAACUUUAAAAAUAAUAUUACCGAUAUUAUUUGACAUAAAAGCACAAUAAAGUUUCAGAUGACUUAUGACUCAGGCUUUUCAGGGUGGUAACGUCAAGAAGAGGGGGGCAUUAGAAAGCAAAUCUUAUAUUCUAUGAAUGGUGAGAGAGUGUUCCUGCUUCCUAAAGAUUUAUUAUUAAAGAUUGUGUUUUGAUUGUAUUCCAGUUGUGUGACAAUUGUAUUCUCUUUCAAGUAUAUACAGUAUACUGCUUUGGCUUGAUGCAUUAGAACUUUGUCAUAAAUUAUUACGACUGCUACUAUUUGGGAGAUGUUGCAUUCAAAGAGUGCUCUACACAAACUCUGGAAAUUUGUUUUCCACUAAAUGAGCAACGCAAGCUGCAUUGUGAUGUUAAAUUCUGUGGAGAAAUUCUGUAUUGUUAAUAGUGCUCUUAAUUUCUUGUGAUAAAAACGUUCACAGAAAUGAUUAGAUUUGUGUAUAUGGAUGUGUUUGUAUCCUCGAUUUUGUACCAAUUUUGUUAGUAAACAAAGGUUUUAUCUUUUUAGUAUUCCUGUGCUCUCACUGCAAUAAUGAAUAUUUGUAUCAGCAUUGGUUGCAUUUUUGUUGCUUUUGGAGACCUGCAGCUGUUUUGUGUUUAGGAUUUUCUACAGUUUUUGUGUUUCAUUUCUGUAAUAAAGAGUAACAAUGGAA